AGAUAAAGCGGACACGUUAAUAUGGGGGUCGGAAACGGGGAUAGGAUACUAGGAUAUGCUACGUAGGCAUAAGUAGAUCUGGCAGGCCGGCGUACGGAUUGUAUAAAACAGCUGCAUGGUCGGAGUUUUUUUUUUCACCUUUCACCUUUCACCUUUUUCUUUUUCUUUCCCGGUGCACAUGCCUGCACAUACACAUGCGGAUGGACGGAUGAUGGUACUAUAUACAUACAUACAUAUAUAUGUGUAUAUACGGGAAGAGGACAGGACAGUCUGGCGCACAGCCAGCCCCCUUUCCCGCGGUUCGAUAUACCUACGACGGGAGGGGAAUUUUUGGAUCCAGAGCGGAGUAUAUUCUCGGACAGCGUCCGGAUAUAUAUUUAUUUGGGGUUUCGUCGGGCGGGCGAGCGAGCGAGUAGAUCGUGUAGAUGGGCGGACUGGACUGGGCCGGACUACAUACUUAUAUAUACCUUACGUAGGUAGGUAUGUAUUUAUAUACCCACACAAGUAUGUAGGUUGGGGAUCCGCUAGGUGUGAAGUACUGCGCCUCGCAGGGUGGAAAUGUAAUGCUUAAUCCUGACUAGGUACCUACUAGGUUAAGUUGGAUGCAAAGAUGACAUUAUAUGCUUUAGGUUGGGUACCUAUAUAUAUAUAUAUAUGUGU